UUUUAUAGUUCUUUUUUAAACAAUACCAAUUUGUUUUUAAUUGAAAAAAUCUUUUCAUCAUUAAAAAUGACUACAAUGGAAAUCGACCAAGUUUUGGGAAACGACACUGCUAUUGGAGAGGGAGGAGCUGGUGGAGGAUCUGGUGGUGGACUAAAAACAACAACUAAUUCCACUAACAACAAGAAGAAAAACAACAACCUUUUUGAAGUGAUUCAAAAAGAGAAUGAGGAAAUUAAAGAAAUUUUUAAAAAUACUCACGAUUAUAUUCGUGAAGCCAUUGUUAAUCAAUCUAAGGAAGUUGUAGCAGAGAUCCUACAACAAAUUAACCCUCGCUUUGAGGAGAUUGAAAAUAAACUGGAAGAAAUUAAAAGUGAGAUUAGAAAUUUUGCCACCUCAAAUGAAGGUGAGGGGGAAUCUGAAGCUGGUGGUAAUAUUGAAGAGGAGCAAGUCGAACAACAACAGCAAAACAUUCAACCGCCGCAGCAGCAAAAUCAAAACCGCCAAGAGGCGAGAGAGGUUGUUAACGGGCGUGGUAGAGCUCGCGGUAAUUCGCGUGCUCGAGAUGCUCGUAUGUUUUACCUCUUACGUCAAUUGGAUCGUGAGAGAGGAUUUAAUGAUCGUUAUAGCCCAUUCCGUGGGAAUGGAGGUGGAAAUCGUCGUCAACAACGUAACUUCUACCGUGGGUACUAAUUUGAAGGAGG